AGCUGCACAACCAACUCCCUUACGCAACUGAUUACAGCAGUGUUUUGCUGUGAUUUGCAUCUGCUUCGUUGUUGCUUCUAAGGUUUCUUAGGUUAUUCUUAGGUUAUUCUUAGAUCGCAGAUUUCAUUGCAGUUCUUUUUUCUUCAUUAAUAAAAAUGCAAGGAAUUGUUGUUGGUUUUUUGGGACUGUAUACCUUUUAUAUUGUGGAAGCGAUGCUGGAUGGCAACGGCAGUAUUUCAACGCCGGACCAGGGGAAACUGCCGGUGGCUGUCGAAACGAAAUCCAGCGAGAGCGACGUCCUCCCGGCUUCCGCUGUCAACGCCUCCGUGGUCACGGUGACCAAUACAUCAGCGGCCACGGUGCUGGACGUCUCCCACGCCGCUGCCGGGAACGCCAGCAACGCCACCGGACCCUCCCCGGCCGUCAGCGCCGGCAACCUGCUGACGGGCGUCGUGCAGCAGAUCAUCAAUGCCACCGCCUCCAACGCCACGACCCUCAACAAACCGGAAGUCACUGCCGUCAUCGCGUUGCUGGGACAGAUCGCCAGCGCCAGCCUCGUCGGGACACCCGCGCCCGCUCCGGCCCCGGUGAACAGCAGUGUGGCGAUGAACAGUACCUCCCUCCUCCUGAGCGCCUGGACCACCACGGCGGCGCCGCAGUGCGACAUCGGCGCCGUCUGCAACAUGUACAAGCCCUGCCCGGCGCCCUGCACCUGCAGCAACGUCAUGAACCCCAAGACGGCCGGCCGCUGCUAUAAGGGCAUUUCCUCGCCGGUCUCCGCCCUCGGCUUCGGCGCUCUCACCGGAUAAAUACGCUAAAUAAUUGCCACGUUCCGUUCCAGUGAAAAAGACAGCCGUACUUUGCGAUUGCUUUACUCGGCUAAUUGUUUCGAAAACGGCUCGGCUUACAUUAAGCCCGAUUAUGCUGUGUGUAGACUAUACAGCAUCAUGAGUAAUGUACCGUUGAGUGUGCACUGCCUCCAAAUUGUCUGUGAUCUUUUUUUCAUAAGCGUGUAAAUGAUAAUACAACUUUCAGAUUAAAUGUCGAAUAAUGUUUUUCUUCAUCGUGAAUUUAUGCCCAUAUUUCGAGCUCCAUUAGCGAACUGAAUAAAACUGGCAA